CGUAAGGUUUGAAGCCGGCGAACAUGAUGAUGAGGGGAAAACAAGACAGAGCAGAAGAAGAAGAAGAAGAAGCAGAGGAGGGUUAUGCUUGGAGUGAGUUGCCCGGGGAGCUAUUGGCUCUAGUCAACCAAAGGUUGAUUAAAUUACGACACCGAAUCUGCUUUCGAGCAGUUUGUAAAAGAUGGAGGAAACAAUUGGCAGAGAUGCAGCCUAUAUUGUUCAAUCAAUCAUCUCUUUCGCCGUUGCUGAUGUUACCCUACUGCGGCAGCAGUAGCAAUUGCAGUGACUGCGAAGAUGCUGAUUGUGGUUGCGGCAUCCAGGAACAAGGCUUGCAAUGCCGUCUUUUCCUGGACAUGGCGGGCAACCGAUACCACCACAUUGAUUUUGUGGAAGGCUUCGAGAAAAUCUACUGUCGCGGAUCAGCAUUCGGAUGGCUGUUUAUGUUGCAGCACAUCCCUCUGUUACUAAACCCCCUCACUGGGAAGCAGAUCGCGCUCCCUCCCAUUUCAUCGUUUUCGGACAUGUUGGAGUAUAACCCGGAACGAGUUGGCCAUGAGUAUUUGGUCCAGUAUCCCAACGGCUGGAAAAUAGGAGCAGGCAAGAGAUAUUUGGAGUCCAUGUACAUGGAGAGGGUUGUAAUGUCAGCUGAUCCCGCUACUUCAAAGGAUGACUGCAUUAUCCUGGCCAUCCGGAAUAACAGUAAUACACGGUUAGCUUUCUGCAAGCCCGGAGCGGACAAAUGGACAUUGAUUCCCAAUCCCGAUGGCCACCCAUCGAUUUGCUUCAGGAACACUGUGUUCUGGAGGAACCAAUUCUAUGCUGUGGACACCAAGGGCAAGGUGCUGUGUUGUGAUCUAUCCAAUGAUGAUGCCCCCAGGAUGUCCUUUUUGGCUGCAGAUGUUGAUAUUGUCACUAAUACUUUCUACUUGCUCGUUGGUCCAGCAGAUGAGUUGAUGAUGGUUACCAGAUCCUAUGGCUAUGAAAGAAAUGAUAAUGCUGCUGCUGAUGAGGAGGAGGAUUUUGUCGAUGACGAUGAGGAUUAUGUCUAUAAUGAUGAUUAUGUCGAUGAUGAGAAUUACGUCGAUGAUGAUCAACACAGAGAAGUCGAUGAUCGUGAUGUGAGCGAUGAAGACAGACAACUUGAUCCGUUGGGUAUAGUUUACUUAACUGAUCUCGACUCAGAUGGUGAGGUGGAAAGCUUUGGAACUCAGAACUAUUGGACGACAGGUUUCAUGGUUUACAGGCUCAAUGAAGAUACACACCAAUGGGAGCAUGUCCGUGACAUUGGUGAUUUCGCCUUCUUCCUGGGUUUUAAUGCUCCUAUAUGUCGCUCUACCAAAGAUUAUCCGGGAUUCAAAUCGAAUUGCAUCUACUUUACAGAUGAUCAUUCAAGUGGACACAGAAGACGGAGGUUUGGAGGUCAUGAUAUGGGCAUUUACAAUCUUAGCAACGGUUCUGUUGAAUCAAUUCUCUCUUCGAACUUAUACAAACAUACUUUGAUUUGGCCUCCACCCGUAUGGAUUUUACCUUAAUUAUGAGUAGCUGAUUUAGAAACAUUGAAAGAAAUAAAACCCCCAACAUCCCAUUUACUGUUUUACUAUACCAUGUUUACUGUUAUAGCCUGGAGUGGGCUCGGGUGUGGGCGGGUGCACAUGUUCUCUACUUGGCUUUGGAUUGUUCUAUGCUUUGGACUACUUUCGAGAAUUCUAGUUGGACUUUGGAGGAAGAAUAAACUCUUUCUGGUCGCGUUGAGACUUGAGACUAUAGAGAAAAGAAAAUUCAUUUAUCGUUGCCCGUUCCUCACGUUGAUCAUGCGCAGGCAUUUGUAUCCCAUCUGCCUUAUUUUUUUUUGCUUUUGGAGAUUGUGAUCGUGGGUGCAGAUACUUUCACGGUGUCCAAGGCGAUAGAAACAUUUUGAUAGGUUGGGACUGGCAUAUACUAUUAGGCGGCAGGCGCGAUAUGAUAGAACUUGGUAUUAGGGUUCUAUCGGAUCUGAUUGUGAGAUUGGGAAUUAGGGAUUUAAGAAUAGAAUUAGAGAUUUGAGAAGAGAAGGAUAGAGAAUCGGCCUAGGCCUUUAGAGGGAUUGAGAACGAGAAUUGAGAGGAUUGGAGGAAUAGGAUUUAGGAGAUUGUUUUCUUAAUAUUCUUCUUGACUAAUUAUGAAUGAAGGACCAAUUACAUAUUUGUAGCGAAAGACUAGAAAAACCUAAUAAACUAUCCUAAUACGACUCAAAGACUACUAUCCUUAAUAAUAAUAACCAUAAUAAUAAUAAUAACAAUGGAAACCGUAGGUUUCCAUCAUCUCCUCCCUCUUGAGACCAACCUUGCCCUCAAGGUUGAUCGACUUGACCGACUCUUCCACGAGAUUUGAUUGUCGGCUCCAUUGUACUUUGUGUUUCCUUCUCCAAUCGCGCUCGACCCCUCGAACGAACUCAUCUCGCACAACUCCAACCUUCCUUGACCCUUUUCGAACAAUGUGACACAUGUCACGUUCUUCAUAGCCGAACAAGUGUUUAUUAUUUCCGCCCGCAGCAACACAUACCGAAAUUUGGGAAACUGUAGCACUUACCGAAACCGUUUUAAUCGGCAAACGGUAAUACCGAUUCUUCUCGGUUAGGAAAAAAUCCCUAAAUAUACAUAAAAUAAAAUAAAAAAUUCUAAACUACCACACUUAUAAAUAUUUUUCCAAAAUACCUAAGGUUGGAGUGGUUCGAGUUUGAGGAACUCGAACUAUUAACUGGUUCGACUGUAGGAGACUCGAUCCUGACGUAGAUCGAUGAUGUAAGUCUCGAACCAUGUGGAGCUGAAGUGGUUCGAGUUCAAUGAACUCAAACUACUCCUUUGAAAUUUCUAACAACCUUAACUUUGUGCUCAGUUAUCCGAUCGUAGCAAAUUUUUUUUUUCAUUUCGCAUAACUUUUCGAGUACUACAACUUUCAUAAUAGAAAUAUUUUCAGAAUAUAUGUGAAAAUGUGAAAAUUAAAGUUAAAGUUAUUCCCAAAACCCCUUAUAUUGAAAAAUAUUCCUUUUUUGAAAAUUUAUUUCUAGUAAAUGUUGUAGUACUCAAAAUUAUACGAAAUAAAAAAAAAACUUUGUGAUGUUCGGAUUGCGGAGCAUAAACUAUGAUCCUCCAAAGUUUGACAAAUUUGAAAAUUUGCUCGUUAAUGGGUAGCAAAUGACGUUUUCUAGGAAGAUGGCCAUAAAAAAAUUGCUCGUUUGGAAAAAUAUUGCUCAUUUAGCAGAAAUUCCCUAUGUAUAAAAAAACUUCUCGUGCCUUUGCCCCUAGAAAACGUCAUUUGUUACACCUAAAUGAGCAAUUUUCGAUUUUGUCAAACUUUGGAGGAUUAUAACUUUGUGCUUCGGAAUCCGAACUUCGCAAAGUUUUUUUUAUUUUGCAUAAUUUUUUUAGUACUACAACAUUUACUAGAAAUAAAUUUUCAAAAUAGGAAAAUAUGUUAUUAUAAGGGGGUUUUGGGAAUAAAUUUAACUUUGAUUU